AUGCCAGAGAACGACAAGGACGUCAGGUCCGAGGCGCAAGAAGACAAGGAAAAGCGCGAGAAGUCGGAGAACAAUGGCGGCCAUGCCCACUCGGCCAAGAGCCCCAAGAAGCGCCGUAAAGUAAACCACGCUUGCGUCUACUGCCGGCGAUCUGAACGACCGUGUACGAGAUGCAUCAAGCGUAAUAUCGGCCACCUCUGCCACGAUGAGCCGCGCGACCCCGAGUCCAAGAAGGCCAAGAGCUCGCACGCCCCCUCCGCCGUCGACGAGUCCGAGACGACGCAAUCCGACAUCGCGCGGAGCUCUAUCGACCAAUCCGCGACCGGCGCCAUGGGCCCGCCGCCUCCCUUCGAGAGAAAGGCGUCCUCCUUUGGCGCUGCCGUCCUGGGCCAAGGGAACCCCCUGCAACUCGUGUCACCGGGCUCUGUCUCUGGAAUGUCGGGAAACGGCAGCAAUAUGAAUCAAUUCGCCGGAUUAUCCGACGCCUGGCUGACGGCCCAGAACCACUACCACGAUAUGCAAAGCUACCACCCCAGUUACAUGAUCGCCCCCGAGGUCACGCAUGAGUUCAACCUGCUCAACGACUUUUUGCAAACGAGCCUGCUCGAUGACGGCGGCAUUCUCUCCGACGAGUCCCAGAACAGCCCCGCGUUUAGCAGGACAGCUGGCGCCAACGACAUGCUGCCGACGUUCGGAAACCAGAGCACUAACAACAGGACCGGCGCCGCCAACAACGGCAAUGGGCUCUCGCAUAUGCUGCCGCCGCAGAACCUCGAGCCGGGCCAGGCGGCGUCGCGGCCCGGCAGCAGCGUCGUCCAGGCCGAAAAGGACAAGGCACGCGAGUACUACCUCCAGGCAGCCGACCCGUCCGGCAACGACACCCCCGAGGAGCGUAUGGACCGCGUGUUGAAGGCCAAGUACGAGGCCGGGCUCCUGAAACCCUUCAACUAUGUUAAGGGAUAUGCCCGACUCGGCACCUACCUGGAUAGCCAUAUCGCGCCAUCGUCCAAGCAAAAGAUCCUUCGGACCAUCGACCGCUUCCGGCCCAAGUUCCGCGAAAAGGCGCAGGCUCUGACCGACAUGGAGCUUCUCUACGUCGAGAUGUGGUUCGAGAAGCAACUCAUGGAGUACGACCGCGUGUUCGCCAGUAUGGCGGUCCCGGCGUGCUGCUGGAGGAGGACUGGCGAGAUCUUCAGGGGCAACAACGAGAUGGCGGAGCUGUUGCACGUUCCAGUCGAGAACCUGCGGGAUGGCAAGAUUUCUCUGCACGAGAUCCUCACAGAAGAGUCGCUCGUCCGGUAUUGGGAAGAGUUCGGAACCAUCGCCUUCGACCCUGCCCACGACACGCUGCUCACGGCCUGCACGCUCAAAAACCCCGACGACAAGGCGACGGACCCCGUGGUGCACUGUUGCUUUUCUUUCAUGAUUCAACGAGAUAACCACAAGCUCCCCACGCUCAUCAUUGGCAAUUUUUUGCCCAACGAUCCUGCUCGCCCGUAA